ACAAAUUUGGUUUACGCUGUUUAAUUUAUCUUUCCUCUUUUUCAAAACAAAAAUGAAACUGUGACAUCUGAACCCUAACCCUCUUUCACAUUGCAACUCUGUCGCCGCCGUCUUCCCUGCCUUCGCCCGCCGCUGUUGUCUUCCUUGCCGUCGCCCGCAGCUGUCCACUUGCCUUCCUCUGUGUUGGUCGAAUUGCCUGGCAGUUGCAGGUUCUUUGGUUUCUCUCUGCAACCUGAGCAGCGAGUGAGGUCAGGUACCAUCUUAAUAUGGGAGCAGUCGAAGAUAACAUUAAUCUGCAGGACCCAACUGAGACGAUGACAGAGAAUAUUGAAGCCUUGCUUGAGGCAGCAAGAUAUGAUGACAUGGAUGAUGUUGUGAGCUUAACAUCCAAUGGUGUUCCUCUUAAUUCCAAGGAUGAUCAAGGAAGAACCGCUCUUCAUAUGGCUGCAGCAAAUGGACAUGUUAAUAUUGUGGAGUAUUUAAUCAGCAAAGGAGCGGAUCUUAAUUCAGAAAAUGUGGAAAAGAAUACUCCUCUUCAUUGGGCGUGCCUCAAUGGGCAUGUUGAGGUUGUGAAGAAAUUAAUCAUUGCUGGAGCUAAUGUUAGUGUUUUAAACAGUUAUGAGAGGACUCCAAUGGAUGAAGCUGUGACUAGGGGAAAACUUGAAGUGAUGGAUGCAAUUAAUGAAGCAGAGGCACUAGUUGAACUUCGUGGUGCUCUGGUUUCUUCAUAGGAAACUUAAAUUUAUGGUUCUAAUUUGCAUGUAAUAUGAAACUUUGGUGAGUUAUACCAGCCUUCUGAUCACAUGAUGUGGCGUCUACAUGGAUAAGUGUUGAUGUAGAUUUCUGUUUAUCUAGUCAAUGAAAAACCAAAGAGGGUGACCAAACUUGAAAAUAAAAAACUUGAAUGUGAGUUCCUCAACAAAAAAAAAAACCUUGAAUGUGAGAUCUUCUAUGUGAUUAAAA